GCGCGGUUGUUGAUCGGUCCGCCAUAUUUUGCUAGCGGCCAUCUGGUAUCUUGUGUAAGCUGGAUGUUUACUCUCAUGAAUUCUGCAGCUUACGGAAACUCUACAGCCCAAAUUCCCUGCAAAGUAUAGCCAGCAUUGAGUAGCUAAGCCUGUGCUGGCGAGCAUGUAGAAGGCCUGCGUUGAUUUGUGCAGAUUUCCUAAGGUGUGCGCCUAGUCGCAGGCCGCAUCACUAUACGAGUCGCAUAGGGAGCUCGACCGAACGUUCUUUUGGUUGAACGAAUCUGCGAAUAAUUUUGCGAGCUAGCUGUCAAAAUAUGAGGAGGACGAAAGGGAGGACGGAUUCUCCAGAUGUACAGUCACUCAAUAUUAACGCUGACUAUGGCGAGGCAGCAAGUUUGACUGCGGAUGACAGUACAGCUCACAAGUCUGACAAAAAACACGAUCCAGAGGCGAAGAAACAAGUAACAAUUACCGUGCAGCCGGGAGUCAAGCCCAAACCCACAGUGAAAAAGCGAUCAACACCCUCUGCAGACCUUGACAUACACAAAGAAAUCCAGAAAUGCCGUGAGGAAGGCGCUACGCGCUUGGACCUUAGCAAGGCUGCGGUGACAGUUCUACCUAAAGAGCUUAAAGAGCUUACUUCUCUCCGAGAACUUUACUUGUAUGGUAAUCGCAUAGCAGUCUUACCCCCCGAAGUUGGCCUUCUACCAAACUUGGAGACUCUUGCAUUGAGUGAAAACAAUUUAACUACUUUGCCAGAUAAUCUUGUGAAGUUGACUAAAUUGAAAGUGCUAGAUCUGAGGCACAAUAAAAUAAAAGAGAUACCUGAUGUGAUCUAUAAGCUGACGACCCUAACAACCCUCUACCUGAGAUUCAACAGAAUCAGUGUUGUUGAAUCAGGUAUUGGCAACCUUAAGUUACUAGAGCGCCUGAGCCUCAGGGAAAACAAGAUCAAAAUUCUUCCACGUGUAAUUGGUCAACUUGUGCAUCUUGUAACAUUAGACAUUUCUCAUAAUCACAUAGAGAAUCUUCCUGCUGAAAUUGGUAACUGUGUGCAUAUGACAUCAUUGGAUCUGCAACACAAUGACAUCCCAAGCCUACCAGACUCCAUUGGCAGGCUCACAGCAAUGACAAGACUUGGGCUCAGAUACAACCAGCUGAGCUCCCUUCCUGACUCUCUGGCAAACUGCUCAGGAAUUGAUGAGUUCAACAUUGAAGGGAACAACAUCGCUGAACUUCCUGAAAAGCUUCUGUCCUCGCUCAAGAACCUCACAUCACUGACACUUUCUAGAAACAAGUUUGAAGUUUUUCCUGCAGGUCCUCCCAAGCAAUUCUGUCAAGUGAAUACAUUUAUCAUGGAGCACAACCGCAUGCAGAAAAUUCCCUUUGGAGUUUUCAACAAAGCAAAAUACCUGAGUAAACUUAAUGUAAAAGACAACCAGCUGACCUCACUGCCACUAGAUUUUGGCAGCUGGAUCAGCCUGGUGGAGCUAAAUGUUGCCACCAACCAAAUAUCAAAGCUUCCAGAGGACAUCCAAUGGCUUGUGAAUCUUGAAGUUUUGAUAUUAAGCAACAACCUAUUAAAGAAACUUCCCAGAGGAAUAGGGGCACUGAGGAAACUGCGAGUCUUAGAUAUCGAGGAGAACAAGUUGGAAUCCAUUCCUACUGAAAUAGAAUAUUUGAGAAGUCUUGAAAGGCUAGUGUUACAGUCAAAUUGUCUUGGAUCCCUCCCACGAUCAAUAGGAUACUUAUCAAGUGUGACAUACCUGAGUGUAGGAGAAAACGAAUUAGUUUCUGUUCCACAGGAAAUUGGUAACAUGGAGUCCCUGGAGCAGCUGUACCUAAAUGACAACGAGAACCUCCAGUCUCUCCCCUAUGAACUUGUGCUGUGUGGCUCACUACAAAUCAUGAGUAUUGAGAACUGCCCACUCAGCGCCUUACCCAGCCAGAUAGUAGCCGGUGGGCCAUCCUUAGUGAUACAGUACUUGCGAUUACAAGGCCCUUACAAUGGCAUGGUGGAUACAGGCGUGCCGACGUCUGAUGUCUGAGACACCCCUAUGGCACUACCUGCUGUCCCCUCUAAGUGUAACCAGAAUUAGGGAGUGGCCUCCCAAAAGAACUGACAAUUUACCAUAUACAUCUCUCAUAGAAUGCAUUAUUGUUUUUUUAGAUGAUAAGUCAAACAGGCAUGGCUGUAUUAUUCCCUCUUCUAAAUCGUUUGAAGUCUUUUUUAACUUCCAAGGUGUGUUUCAUGUAAAGUAAUGUUUAGCACGGGCAGUUCUAGGGGAGAGCCAAGUGGGCCCCAUCCCCCUAUUUUCCGAUAUCUCGCUUAAAAUACUUUUUAAAUUCCUGCUUUCCCCCUUUGGGGACUCAAAGACCCUCGAGAACAGUAUAAGUAAUAGGAAUAGGAACUUCAGUCCAAUUUUUAAAGAAAAAUAUAGUCCAUGAACAUUCCUUUUAACUUUUAGUAGAAUUCACCAAGCUUAGUAUUCCCGUUGUAAAAUGUAUCUGAUAUCAACAAUGCCUAUUGAUUUUUUAAUAUCAAAAACAAAAUUUUUGUUUGCAUUUUCGAUGGUAUCGCCAUAGAAGUUGUACUUCUGUAAGACGCGCGAAACGUCUCGCAUUUGUGUAUAGUGAAAUUUGUAUUAAAAAUGUAAGAAUUUUUGUUGUAGAAAUUGAAAGGGGUUAAACCUUGUUGUAUUUGAUAUAUUUUAGAAUGAAUCCCAUAGAAGCAGAAUUAGAAAUAGGUAUUAAGACUAAAUUAUAAAAAUAAAAAAUCAGUUAUCAAAGGUCUGUUGUAUGAAGCCAGAUCAAGCUUUGAAAUAAGUAGAUAAGUUAGUUGGCACGUGCUUAGAGCUGCACUAGAUUAUAAUAAUGUAUAAAUAAUUAUGUACUCCUUAUGUUAAAAACCGUAGAGUAGAUAUUGAUGUCUCAAUAAAACUUAUGACAAGUAAA